UGACCUUAUAAACUCUUGACUAUGAGGUGGGAACGAAUUGAGACCAAAUCAAGAGACGGAGAGAAGGUUAAAAGAGAGCCAUUCAUUUGUGUUAACAUUUCACUGAUGUCCUGGCUGCAAGAAAACAUCUGAUUCUUCCAAGAUCAGAGAAACAGUACAGUUACCAAGCCUGCAUUUCCACACCACGCUGUGUUGUGUUCUGUUGUUGCUAUAGCUGUGGAGGACCUGUUUUAAAAACGAGUUUUCGCUUGAACGCCCCAGUGUAGCGAGGUCAUUGCAUGAACUGUUGCUCUCAUGCCCUAUCAUGAAUGCGCACAGGAGAUCAAUGGCCUACUGAGGAAUCAUGGGACUAUUUGAAGUCUCCAUCGUCUUGCUCCUAACACUCGUUACAGUGACCUCAGCUGAACCACCUGGAUGCAAGAUUCGUAUUACUGCCAGAGGCCUGGAGAUGUUGAAGUCCCAGACAAUGAAGUUUGUAGAAGAAGAGUUGAGUAACAUCACUAUUCCAGAGAUGCAUGGAUCCCAGGGCCGUUUCCAAUACACCAUCAAAGAUGUGAAGAUAACCGAGUUGGACCUGAACUCUGACCUACGCUUCCAGCCUGAUGUUGGGCUGCUCCUCGAGGUCCAGAACUCCUCCAUUACCCUCAGCUUACAGAGACGCAUCCUUUACUGGCUCUUUCAUGAUGAAGGAGCAAUCAACGCCUCAGCAGAAGGUGUUAACAUCUUCACAGCUCUCCAUCUAAGCCGAGACCAGGAGGGCCGUCUGAAGAUCUCUAAUGUCACUUGUGAUGCAGCCAUCACCAAGAUGAGGGCCAAAUUUAGUGGGACCCUUGGGAGGGUUUACGACUUCAUUGCAACGUUCCUGACUACUGGAAUGCGCUUCAUCUUAAAUAAACGGAUUUGUCCUGCCUUGGAUCAUGCAGCACUGGUUUUGGUUAACCAAUACCUGGAAACAAUCCCAGUCCGCACAGAGGUGAACAGUUACAUUGGAAUCGAUUACUCACUGUUAAGUGAUCCUGUGGUGACAGAAAGCAGUCUUGAUAUGGAUUUUAGGGGAAUGUUUUAUGAUCUUAAAAACGAGAAUGAUACCCUAGUGAACCAUGCAGUGAAUCCCGUCAUGAGUGAGUAUGACCGUAUGAUCUAUCUAGUACUGUCUGAGUAUUUCUUCGACAGUGGACUCUACUCUUACUACAAAGGUGGACUGUUCCAAAUGCAGAUAGCAAAUGAACGGAUGUCGAAGGAUUUGGAGAUGCUCCUCAGAGCUACCUACUUUGGUACAAUCAUGAUGCUGAACCCGACUCUAAUGGAGCAUCCUCUGUCGAUGGAGUUAGAAGUCACCGCUCCCCCUCAAUCCACCAUCAAGACCUCCGGUGCCAGUGUGGCCGUCAACACUAAUGUUAAAAUUUUCGUUCUGCCACCUGGAAAAGCACCAGUCCAGCUCAGCAGCAUGACCAUGGAAGCCAAAUUUAAUGCGAAAGUGUCAAUGAAGGCCAAGCGCCUGGCCAUCCAUUUAGAUCUGAGAAGGUUCAAAAUCUUCUCCACUCAAUCUGCUUUAGAGUCUUUAGCUCUGAUUCCUCUACAAGGUCCCCUGAAGACUAUGUUGCAGAUAUCUGUGGUGCCACUCCUUAACAAUUACACUAAACGAGGUGUACAGAUCCCUCUACCAGAUGGGAUGGACUUCAUUGAAGAGGUGGUCGAGUAUCACAAUGGCUACAUCAUCGUGGGUGCAAAUCUACAUUUCAGAUCGGGUCUGAGAGAAAUAAUCGAGAGAAGACUGUCAGGUUACACCGAUAACUCGAUUUAAGAAGAGCGAAAAAGCCACAUGAGCAUUAACACAUGCAUUCAUAACACUUACAGACAGAUCUUGAAGUAGGGAGCAAGAGAUUCACAUUCUAAAAUGAAUGGACUAAACUUCUAUCAAAUGCAUGAUAUUUGGGAACAUUGUUUUUUUUUUUUUUUUUUGUAAAUCAGUAUUCUGUUUUACUUUGACAUAUGUUACAUUAUGGAAGAAAAAUGGGUUAUUUCAUGUUGAAUUUAAAAUUAUUUGUAUUACUGUGGUAUUGAGUGUGCACUUACUCGAUACUCGUAGUUAGGUAUUUAGAUUUGUUGUACAAUUUUAUGACCUUAAGUUAAAUAGUUUGUUAAGAAAGCAGUUUCUGACUCAAAAUAUUUGUACCUCUUUUUAAAACUUACAUGUUAAAAUAAUAAAUAAAUAUAUAUAUAUCUCCGCGAUUGUUUUUGAU